CGCUGCGUAGGAGGUGGUUCUCCGUGCACUGCCCGUAGAUGUUUACGGGGAGACAAGCGGGGACAUUCUGAAAGGAAACAAGGACGCAGACUGAGCGCUCACAAACAGGGAGGAUGCUGGUGGUGGAGGUGGCGAACGGCCGCUCCCUGGUGUGGGGGGCCGAAGCGGUGCAGGCGCUGCGUGAGCGUCUGGGCGUGGGGGGCCGCACGGUGGGCGCUCUGCCCCGCGGCCCCCGCCAGAACUCGCGCUUGGGCCUCCCGCUGCUGCUGAUGCCUGAGGAGGCACGGCUGUUGGCCGAGAUCGGCGCCGUGACCCUGGUCAGCGCCCCGCGCCCGGAUCCCCGCAGCCACGGCCUGGCUCUGGCAUCAUUCAAGCGCCAGCAAGAGCAGGGCUUCCAGGAGCAAAGCGCCUUAGCAGCUGAGGCCCGUGAGAACCGUCGUCAGGAGCUCCUGGAGAAGAUCACAGAGGGCCAGGCUGCGAAGAAGCAGAAGCUAGAACAGGAUUCAGGGGCUGGUGGGAGCCAGGAGGCUGCUGGGAGCCAAGCUGUUGGAGAGAACGAGGCCAAUGCUAGCCAGGGUUCCAAAGAGAACGAGGAAGCAGGUUCUUCCUCUUCCCUAGGUUCCUCCUCUUACCAACCAGGGCCUUCAGAUGGGGCAGCCCCCUUGCCUAGGUCUGCUCUGCUUGUUCAGCUGGCCACUGCCAGGCCUCGGCCCAUCAAGGCUAGACCCCUGGACUGGCGUGUCCAGUCCAAAGACUGGCCCCAUGCUGGCCGUCCCACCCACGAGCUGCGCUAUAGCAUUUACAGAGACCUAUGGGAGCGAGGCUUCUUCCUCAGUGCUGCUGGCAAGUUCGGCGGCGACUUCCUGGUCUAUCCUGGUGACCCGCUACGUUUCCAUGCUCACUACAUUGCUCAGUGCUGGGGUGCUGAGGACCCAAUCCCACUCCAGGACCUGGUUUCUGCUGGCCGCCUCGGAACCAGCGUCAGAAAGACCCUGCUCCUUUGUUCACCGCAGCCUGAUGGUAAGGUGGUGUACACCUCCCUGCAGUGGGCCAGCCUGCAGUGAACUCCAAAGGCCUAGGAUAAUGAUGUGGCUAUGUCUGCGGCAAGAGCCUUUCUAGAAGUUCCCGAGCUCAUCUCCGCGUGGCAGGCUAGAACGUCCUCCUACCUCGCUCUGUGGUUAGUUUCAAUUCCAGGUUUUUAAACACUAUGUCUUUCUUAUAUCCCUCCCUGUUUCAAAGCACUUAUUGGCUGCAGUAUUUUUGUAGUUAUCUAUUUCCAACUGUUUAUCUCUUAAACUAUGAGCUUCUUGAGUAUGAGGGCUGGGUUUGAUUCAUCUCUGUUUUCCACAGGGCCUAGCUCCCAGGAAGUCUCAAUAAACUUGUUGAAUAAAUGUCAAGUCUGAUUUGAAUCCAUACAACAACCUUGGGAAGUGUGGUAUUUUCAUCCGCGUACACAAAUGAGAAGAGGGCAGUGGUGGUUAAGGGGUGGAAUUCUUGCCUUCCAUGAGGAGACCUGAGUUUGAUUCCUGGCCAACGCACCUCGAGCACAGCCACCACCCAUUUGUCAGUGGAGGCUUGCAUGUUGCUAUGAUGCUGAACAGGGUUCUGCAGAGCUUCUAGACUAAGACUAGAAAGAAAGGCCUGGCAGUCUACUUCCGAAAUAUCAGUCAACGAAAACCCUAUGGAUUACAACGGACCAAUCCCAUUUUACAUGGGGUUGCCAUGAGUUGGGCCAGCUAGCAAUAACAACAUACAGAUGAGAAAAAGGCUUGGAGGAGAGGGAAAUGACUUGCCCAAGGUCACACAGCUAGGAAGUAUCAGAGCUGGGAUUUAAUACCUGGUCUUUUUGUCUCCCAAUUCUGACCUCUUCCCACCAUACUAAACUUCCUUUCAUAAAGCUUUUUAAAAACGUUUCAGAUGUGUACAAAAAGAUAAAGAACACAGCAUAAAGAAAAGAAGGAAGUGAGUGCUGUCAUUUCAAGAUAGGAGUUUGGAGUGGGGAGGGGAGUAUCAGGAAGGACACCUGGGGUUUCUGGGAUGCUGACAGUGUACUUGGCUUGGGUAGUGUUUAUUCAGGUAUUUGAUAAUUUUUUUUUUUUUUAAAUACUAUACAUUUAUAUUUUAGAUCUUUUUUUAAUGGGUCUAUUCCAUAAGUGGAAACCUUGGUUGCAUAGUGGUUAAGUGCUACGGCUGCUAAGCAAAGGGUCGGCAGUUCAAAUACGCCAGGUACUCCUUGGAAACUCUAUGGGGCAGUUCUACUCUGUCCUGUAGGGUCACUAUGAGUCGGAAUUGACUCAACAGCACUGGGUUUGGUUUGGUUUUGGUUUAUUCCAUAAGUAAGAAGCCCUGGUAGUGCAGUGGUUAAGUUCUUGGCUAGCUGAAAGGCUGGCAGUUUGAACCUACCAGCGGCUCCUUGGGAGAAAAGACCUGGCUAUCUGCACGCAUAAAGAUUACAGCCUAGAAAUCUGUAUGGGACAGUUCUGCUCUGUCACGUUGGGUUGCUGUGAGUCAAAAAUCGAUGGCACCUGACAACAAUAACAUUCCAUAAGUUUUACAAAAGGUAAAGCCUAUAUAUGUAUAAAAUGUCUAUAUAAAACAAAAUUAACCUUUCUGCUUAAGAAAUUGUCAGAUGACCAUCCCAACUGCCAAUAUUUGAACAUACACCUAAACAGUCCAGCUUUAUCGGCACGGAUUUCCUUAGUGUAAUAUAUACACCUAGUAGAAAAUUCUGUGACUGAAUGUCUCUACCUCUGGUUCCCCAAUUUCUUUCACCAGAGGCAGCCCCUGCCUCCAGAGUCAAGAUGUGCAUUACAUUUAGAAAGAAACCGGAUAGCUUCCCUUUUUUACCUUUCCUAGACAGUCCUGCGGGAAGAAAUCUAAGAUGAAAGAUUUGUGACUAGCAAGUAAAUUCAUGCCACUGCGGAGAGAUGGAAUUAGAAUAUGAUUCUGAAUGUAUCAAACACACCACACUUUAAAAAUAUAUAUGUUUUAUUGUGGUAAAACAUAUAACACAAGACAUUUGCCAUUUUAACCAUUUUUAAGCGUGCAAUUCAGUGACAUUGAACAAUUACCACUAACAUUACUACUAACCAUUUCCAAAUGUUUUCCAUCACCCUAAACAGAAACAAAUUAUUCCUUAAGCAAUAACUCCCCCUACCCUCCUCCUUCCAAACCAAACCAAACCUGCGGCUGUCCAGUUGAUUCCAGCUCAUCGAGUUUCCAAGGCUGUGACUCUGGAAAAGCAGGUUGCCAAAUCUUUCUUCCUUGGAGCUGCUGGUAGUUGAUUGCUUUAACCACUGUGCCACCAGGGCUCCCUCUUGCCUCCAAUCCCUGGUAAUCACUAACCUCCUUUGGCCUCUACGCAUUUGCCUGCUGUGGAUAUUUCAUAUAAGUGGGGUUAUCCAAUAUUGCUUUUGAGUCUGACUAAUUUCACUCAGCAUAAUGUAUUCAAGGUUCAUCCAUGCCAUAGCACGUGUCAGAACUUCAUUUCUCUUUAUGGCUGAGUAAUAUUCCAUUGUAUGUAUGUGCCACGUUUUAUUUAUCUAUUCAUCUCUUGUUGGACACUUGGGUUGUUCCACCUUAUAACGAAUAUUUUUAAAUGGUCCCUAAGUGCUUGGCUGCUAACCUAAAGAUUGGUUUGAACCCACCAGCUGUUCCAUGAGAGAAAGAUGUGGCAGUCUGCUUCUUUACAGAUUUACAGCCUUGGAAACCCUGUGGGGCAGUUCUACUCUGUCCUAUAGGGUCGCUAUGAGUUGGAUUCAACUCGACGUCAGUGAGUUUUUGGUUUUUACUUUCCUGUAAGGUUCCUAAACCCAUUGCUGUCAAGGUUUCCAAGGCUGUAAACCUUUACAGAAGCAGACUGCCACAUAUUUCUCCUCCAGAGUGGCUGGUGGGUUCGAAGCACUGACCUUUUGGUUACUAGCCAAGCACUUAACCACUGUGCCGCCGCCAGGACACCUUGAAAGGUCCCUGGGUGGCGCAAAUGGCUUGCGUUCGACUAUUAACCCAAAGGCUGACCAUUUGAACCCACCCAGUUGGCUGUGGGAGAAAGGCCUGGCCAUCUGCUUCUGUAAAGAUUAUAGACAAGAGAACCCUAUGGAGCAGUUCUACUCUGUAACACAUGGGUCUGAAUCAACUCCGCAGCAAUUUUUUUUUUUUUUUUGGGUCGGGGGCGCCUGUGUGCAGAGUGAAAUUGGAGGCUGUAAGGAAGCUGCUGCUCUGGUCCUGGAGGGAAAGGAUGAGCCCUAACCUGGGGCCUGGCCUGGGGAGAUAGAGAGGGGGAGGAAUAAGACAGAAAGGACAGGAUUUGAGUACUAAUGGACCACAGCCAGAGGGUGAGAGGUGGGGGUCUGAGAGUGAGGACAACAUCAAAGUUUUACUCCUGGAUUAUGGGACAGAUGAUGAGAGUAUUCCUUGGCUAGAAAGUCUAGAGAGAAAAACAAAUUUUUAGGCACAGAUCAGGAGCUUUGUUUGGGAUGUGGUGAGUCCAAAGGUAGUAGGCACAGAGGUAGUGGUUUAGAAGACUGGGGUGGAGACUAUCUAUGGAAAAAGAACAUAAAGAUGAUGCACUUGGUUAUUUAUUCAUACCUUGAACAAUUUAUUGACUGUCAACAACGGGCCAUUAUGUAGAUCAAUUCCUUGUCCUGAUCAGUAAUUAUUUGUUGCAUAAAUGAAUGAAUGAGGUCUAUGUUGAAGGAGAACUACUUCUAAAAAAAAAAAAAUUUUUUUUUUUUUUUUUUUAGCAAAAAGACACUAAGUGAUGAUUCCAGGUAUGACAAAAUUUCUACCAAGUUUUUAAUGCUUGUCUACAAAAAGCAAGGAUGAUGGUUGAACAGCAUGAUUAACAUAUUUUAAUGUCACUGAAUUGCACAUGUGAAGAUCUGUUGAAAUGGCAAACGUUUUGUUAUCUAUAUAAGUACCACAAUAAUAAUAAUUAAAAUAGAGCAAGGAAAGCAAAAAUGAAAUAGUAUCAAGAUGGAAAGGUGAGCAAAUCAGAAGUGAAAUUUCAAUUCGUCCUAGCUUUCUGCACCCACUCCGGAGACAUUUGUAGUCAGGGUUCAAAAGGAUUGACUUUUGGUUAGGCUUCAGGCUCACAUUCUGGGUAGGACAGACUCCAUUAUUCAUAGACUCAGUUGAACAUCUGACCUCGAAGGAGCUUUAUUUCCGAAGCCCCUACGUUUUCAGGGCCAUUUCAGAGAGAAUGGAAUAAAGUGUGGAGGUAAUUACUCCAACAUUUAUACCACGACUCAGAGGCAGGGUUGGCACCCUGACCUCUUGAACACUACGCUAGUUUGCGUGACUAAACCGUCUCCAAAAAAAAAAAAAAACCCAAGCACGUUGCCAUCCCGUCGUUU